AUCCCCCCUAUUAAAGACGAAGUAGGUCCUAUAAGAGAAAAGAGAAAAAGCGCUGCAGAAACUUACCCCUGCAUCCCUCUGAGGGCUUCUCGCGUCCAGCUCCACAGUCACGACAGCUGAAAGGACCAACGGGCGGGUCCCUGAACCAGCACCAAAUCCUGCAGAUUUGAAACAUCAUCUUUUGCCAGAGAUCGCACAAUCAGAGGCAUAAGAUGGAGGGUCAGGAAAAGCAGGUGACGGGUUAUCUCUUGUUCUCACUGGCCACCGCUGUCAUUGGCUCCCUGCAGUUUGGCUACAACACUGGAGUCAUCAAUGCUCCAGAGGAGAAACUACGAUCUUUUUUCAAUGAUACCUGGGUGGAGCGCUAUGGUGAGUCCAUCAGCCCGGGGGUUUGUACCAUCGUGUGGAGUAUCGCGGUGGCCAUCUUCAGUGUGGGCGGAAUGGUGGGCUCCUUUAGUGUGGGCGUCAUGGCCAACAGAUUCGGCAGGCGUCGCUCCAUGUUCCUGGUCAACUCUUUGGCCGUGAUAGGCGGCCUCCUCAUGGGCCUCUCCACCAUCUGCUCCUCCUAUGAGAUGGUGAUCGCCGGGCGCUUGGUCAUCGGCUUGUUUUGCGGGCUCUUCACCGGCCUGACUCCCAUGUAUGUGGGCGAGGUGUCACCCACGCCGCUCCGUGGAGCUUUUGGCACUCUGCACCAGCUCGGUGUGGUGGUUGGGAUCCUGAUUGCCCAGAUCUUUGGCCUGGAGGCUUUGCUGGGUUCUGAAAAGCUGUGGCCCCUGCUCCUGGCCCUCACCGUGGUCCCGGCUGUGCUGCAGUGCAUCCUGCUGCCUUUCUGCCCCGAGAGCCCCCGCUUCCUGCUGAUCAACCUGAAACAAGAGGAGCAGGCACGCAAAGCGCUGGUCCGUCUGCGUGGCACCGAGGAUGUGAGCAAAGACAUGCAGGAGAUGAAGGAGGAGAGCGCCAAGAUGGCCAAGGAGAAGAAGGUGACCAUCGCCGAGCUGUUCCGCUCGGCGGCGUACCGGCAGCCUCUCCUCAUCGCCGUCAUGCUGCAGCUCUCCCAGCAGCUGUCGGGGAUCAACGCCGUGUUUUAUUACUCCACGGGGAUCUUUGCCUCAGCUGGCGUGAAGCAGCCCAUCUAUGCCACUAUCGGAGCCGGCAUAGUCAACACCAUCUUCACUGUUGUCUCUCUCUUCCUGGUGGAAAAGGCAGGACGAAGGACUCUGCACCUCCUGGGACUGGGCGGGAUGGCAGUCAGCGCUUUGUUGAUGACGAUCUCCCUCCUGCUGAAGCACAUCCCAGUCAUGAGCUACUUGGCCAUCGUAGCCGUCAUGCUCUUUGUGGCUAUGUUUGAGAUGGGCCCUGGGCCAAUCCCGUGGUUCAUUGUGGCCGAGCUCUUCUCGCAGGGCCCCCGCCCUGCGGCCAUGGCUGUCGCCGGCUGCUGCAAUUGGACCGCCAACUUCCUUGUUGGAAUGAGCUUCCCCAAGCUAGUGGAGGUGUGCGGGCCGUGGGUCUUCCUCAUCUUCGCCGGCUUCCUCGUCCUCUUUUUCAUCUUCACGUUCAUCAAAGUCCCGGAGACCAAGGGGAAGACAUUCGACGAGAUCGCCCGCAGCUUCGGCGGCCCGCCGCCCAACGCCGCCUCGCCCUCCGAGGACCCCGCCGCCACCACCAGCGCCGCCGUGGCGCUUCCCGCCUCGCCGGUGAAGGAGAAGGUCCCGCUGGUGGAGGCGCCGGCAGCCGCUCCGGCAGCCGCCCCCCCACCGGCGGCGGAGACCACGCCCCUCGCAGAGAAAGACAGCAGCACGGGGGAGAAAGUAGAGCAGGUGUAG